AUGUCAGAUCAACCGAUAUGUUUAUGCAAUUCUAGUGACAAAGAAUAUCCUGAUUCAAGAUUCUCUGAAUAUCAAUAAAUGUUUGCAAAUAAAUAACUAACUGCAGCUUUAGAGCAAAAUUAAAAUAGUUAGCCAAAAAUAUGA